AUGCGGCACGCCUGGCUAACGCUAGGCGUCGCCGCAGCCUUCGCACCCUCACCAUCUACGCAGCGCAGCCAUCCCUUGCGCGCGAGCGACGAGCCGUUCGACGUGAGCAAACUCCAAGGCAAAGCGGCGCGCCUCGACACGCGCCGGCGCCAAAUCUACAUGGAACAUCAGCAGCGCAAGGCGAGCGGCGAACUGUACGAGGGCGACGGGCUACUGCUCGACAACCGGCUGGAUGCGGGCAUAGACUUUUCGAAGAGCGCGGUCGACGAGCUGGCCGAACUGGCGCGCAUCGCGGUGGAGACGUCGACGGGCGAAGGGACCGAGUCCUCGGGCAACGGGCGCUACGCCUGGGGCACGUGGGCCGACACGGACAAAGUCAGUGCCGUGCGCGACGCCGUCGACGCGAUACGAUUGAAGGGGUCGAAGAAGCUCUGGGGUUCGUCGCUCAAGGACGGCGGCGCGUAUCGGCUCGCGGGCGGCGAGGCCUGGGACGUCACGCUGCGGGCGUGGGGCGAGGAGUCGGAAAGCAGGGAGGUCGAGCAGAUGUUCCUCGAGGGCUCGCACGUCUUCGUCAAGCCGCUCGCGGGCACGGUGUUCCUCCAGAAGUUGCGGCGGGGCCGGGAUGGGAUGAGCCCGCUCGGCCCGAAGAAGGAGCUGCGCGGCGCGACGGCCGGCGUCGGUGGCUCGGCGACGGUCGGGGCCGUGGCGAAGAUGCUCGGCGGCCCGCCGCAGCGCCUCACGGCGCAGAAGGGGCCGACCGCGGUCCUCGAAGUCGUGCUGCGGCCGCCGACGGGCUCGGCCGACGAGGGCCGCGAGGCGCUCGAGAAGCUGCUCAGUGGUGAGGUGCCUAAAGACGUGCGCGACGCGCUCGUCGCCUUUGAGGAGGAGAAGGAGGAGGACGAAGAAGAAGAGGAGGAGCUCGAGGCGAACCCGGCUUUAUUGACCCAGGAGGCCCUGCGCGAGCGCGUCGGCGGUCUAGAGCAGCAGCUCGAUGCCAUCGUGAGGCGCGUCCUCGCGAGCCGAGCCUCGCCGGAAGCGGCGAAGCGACUCGGCGUGGGCCACGUGAGAGGUGUUCUAUUGAGUGGCCCGCCGGGCUGCGGCAAGACGUUGUUGGCGCGGGAGCUGGCGCGAGCCUUGGGCGCGCGCGAGCCGCAGAUCGUCAACGGGCCGGAAAUCCUCGACAAGUUCGUCGGAGAGGCCGAGCGGAAGGUGCGGGAGCUCUUCGCGCCGGCCGAGGCGGAGUUCCGGCAGGUCGGCGACGCGUCGGCGCUGCACGUGGUCGUCUUCGACGAGAUGGACGCCAUCGCGCGGCGGCGGGGCUCCCUGACCGGGGACACGACGGGCGUGCGCGACGGGGUAGUGAAUCAACUCCUGGCCAAAAUGGACGGCGUCGUCGAGGCGCCGAACGUGCUCGUCGUCGGCUGCACGAACCGGCCCGAGCUCAUAGACGAAGCGUUGUUGCGGCCGGGGCGCCUGGAAGUGCAAUUACAAGUAAGACGGCCGGACGCCGUCGGCCGCCGCGACAUCGCCCGCAUUCACACGCGGCGGAUGAGGGAGAACGGCGCCCUCGCCGACGAUGCGCGGGCCUACGUCGACGACGUCGAGGGCGGCCUGGCGGCGCGCACAGAUUUGUUUUCGGGCGCGGAGAUUGCUGGGUUGGUGCGCGCGGCGGCGUCGCGAGCCUUAGCGCAAGGUUCACCUACCGUGUCAAAAGCCCAUCUCGAGGAGGCGCUCCAGGACAUCACGCCGGCCGCGACGCGCGCGGACGGCGACCUCGCGCGGAGGGCGCCGCACGGCCUCCUGGACGUCGCCGCGCACUCGUCGGUCCGAUCUUACUUAAAACGGUUCCUCCGGAGCGGCGCGCCGGGCGCGACGCGGAGCGUACUCUUGGUCCCGGAGGUGCGCGGAUCCGGCUGCACCGCGCACGCCGCCGUCGCGGCGCGCGACGCGGCGCGGGACGGCGCCGUCGACGCGGUGGCGUUCCAGACGGCCUACGAUUUACUAAGGGACGGCGCCUCGCCCUCGACGGGCCUCGCGGCGGCCUUCGACGCCCAGGCCGAGCACGCGAAGAGUGUGCUGGUGCUGGACGACGUCGACUCCGUCGUCGACGGGCCCGCGACGGCGGCCUUGCGCGCGCUGUGCCGGCGGCCGCCCGCCGCGGGCGACAGACUCUUCGUGGUGGCGACGGCGGCGGACCCGGCGGCGGCGUGCGGCCCGCUCGCGACGGCGUUCGACGAGACCCUCGUCGUGCCGGCGCUGCGGGGGCCCGACGACGUCGCUCGCGCCUUGGCCGGCAUCGUUGACGACGCCGACGAUUUGGUGAAAGGCGUGGGCGACGACGCCUUCGACGGCGUCGGCGACGACCCGUACCCGGUGAAGGCGCUGCUGCGGGUGGCCGAGCACGCGCGCGCGACGGCGCGCGACGGGGGCGAGCUCCGGUCAUUGUUUUAUCAAGGGCUCGCGGACCACGUCGCGGCGGAACGAAUGCUGGCGGAGGCGUGUAGGAUCUAAUUGUUGUAGC